GUGAGCACCAGAUGGAGUGGUAACGUGAACAAGAUGAGGAGGAGAGGAGAAUAAACCGACCGGAAUAGAGAUGCAGCCUCGCGGACUGAUGAACGGCUAAACGGCUGUGUCAGCUGGUGUUGUCCUUACCGGGAGAAUCUAACGUUUACAUCACGAGUCCGUCCGUUGACAGACACACGGAAGGAAUCUUGCGCUGUGAAGGGAAUGAUUUCGCCUUCUGACUCCUCUCUCCCCGCGGUCGGUAGAGAAGAGGGGAACUGCAUCCUGUCACGACCAACCAUGGAGCCGGUUACAGUUCAACGGGACUGUUGUUUGUUUGAUUGAUUGGAGCUGAAACUCCGAUCUACUGAACCGACAUUAGACCGGCAGGGUUCGAGAGAAGAGCAUUUUAGACUGAAUAGUCUACAUGGCUCAUGGGACUAUUCGGUUUAACGGUUUUUAAUUAACGUGGUUUUAAUUUUGGGGGACCAAUCUGUUCCCUCGUGUAUCCUCGAUUUCAGCGGAAUCGGUAGCGCGCGCAGCGUAUUAUUUAUGUAAUAUAGAGGAUAUAUAUGAACCCCCCCUGCGCGUGCCUCUCCGGGGUUUGUAAAGGUGCUAUCUUGGUGAGCUGAGCUGAGCUCGCGGGGCUCCGGUAAGACUCCGGUAGGCGGGAUGUUUGUGUCGGUGUGGUACGCUAAGAAGAUGGGCCGCCGGUUUAUUCAAAACGUGAGGAAGGCCAAGAAACAACGACAGCGGAUGAUGAUGAAUGGAUCAGAGGGAGAGGUGGAGUAUGAAGAGAUGACACUAGAGAGGGGUAACUCUGGUCUAGGAUUCAGUAUAGCAGGUGGAACAGACAACCCCCACGUUGGAGACGACCCGUCUAUCUUCAUCACCAAGAUCAUCCCUGGAGGAGCUGCCGCACAGGACGGGAGGCUCAGGGUUAAUGACAGUGUGAUACUAGUAAAUGACGUUGACGUUCGUGAGGUGACACACAGCUUGGCUGUGGAAGCUCUAAAGGAGGCGGGGCCAGUUGUUCGUCUCUACGUCCUCCGGAGGAAGCCACCCAUGGAGACCGUCACACAACUCAAACUCAUCAAAGGACCUAAAGGUUUGGGGUUCAGUAUAGCAGGUGGACUAGGGAACCAGCAUGUACCAGGUGACAACAGUAUAUAUGUGACUAAGAUCAUCGAGGGAGGAGCGGCCUGUAAAGAUGGACACCUACAGAUAGGCGAUAAGAUACUGGCUGUGAACCAGGUGUGUUUAGAAGAUGUGAUGCAUGAAGACGCAGUAUCAGCUCUGAAGAACACAGCCGAGGUGGUCUACCUGAGAGUAGCCAAACCUUCACAUCUCUACACACCUGACCAGUACAGUCCCCCUGACCUCACCUCGUACAUGGACCCAGACGUGGGCCCUAACUACCUAGAUUACCCACAAUCCUCUCUGCCGCCGCCCUCGCCACGACGCUACUCACCCAUACCGCACGGCAUGAUGGGAGAAGACGACAUCCCCAGUAGAGAGGCCAGGCGGGUGUGUAUCCACAGAGGGUUGACUGGUCUGGGGUUUAACAUCGUUGGGGGAGAAGACGGAGAGGGAAUCUUUAUCUCCUUCAUCCUGGCUGGAGGACCGGCUGAUCUCUCAGGAGAGCUACGCAAGGGAGACCAAAUCAUCAGCGUGAACGGUGUGGAUCUCAGACAUGCGACUCAUGAACAGGCUGCAGCAGCUCUGAAGAAUGCUGGACAGACUGUAACUAUCAUCGCUCAGUACAGACCUGAGGAAUACAGCAGGUUUGAGGCUAAGAUCCACGACCUGAGAGAACAGAUGAUGAACAGUAGCAUGAGCUCUGGGACCCUCCGAGCCAACAGGACCUUCUAUGUCAGGGCCCUGUUUGACUAUGAUAAAACAGCAGACUGUGGGCUGUUGAGCCAGGCAUUGGGCUUUAACUUCGGGGAGGUGCUCCAUGUGACUGACUGUAGUGAUGAAGAGUGGUGGACUGCUAGGAGACUGGGACAACAGGGACAACUGGAGGAACUAGGGUAUAUACCCAGCAAACACAGGGUGGAGAGGAAGGAGUGGUCUCGUAUGAAGAAUAAGGACCGCAGCAGCUUUGUUCAGAGCUAUGAAACUGUUACACAGAUAGAAGUCCACUAUGUGAGGCCUAUCAUUAUACUGGGUCCUACUAAAGACAGAGUCAAUGAUGAUCUUCUCUCUGAGUUUCCUGACAAGUUUGGUUCCUGUGUUCCACACACGACGCGGCCCCAGAGGGAGUAUGAGGUGGAUGGGCGGGACUACCACUUUGUGUCGUCAAGGGACCAGAUGGAGAAGGACAUCCAAUCACAUCACUUCAUAGAGGCGGGUCAAUACAACAGUCACCUGUAUGGAACCAGCGUUCAGAGUGUCCGCAUGGUCGCAGAGCAGAUGGGGAAACACUGUAUCUUAGAUGUAUCAGCUAAUGCAGUGAGGAGACUACAGGCAGCUCAGCUUCAUCCUAUUGCUGUCUUCAUCAGACCAAGAUCACUGGAAAAUAUACUUGACCUGAACAAGCGUCUGACAGAGGACCAGGCCAGGAAGGCUCUGGACAGAGCUGUCAAACUGGAACAAGACUUUAUAGAAUGCUUCUCAGCUAUUGUGGAAGGGGAGAGUUUUGAAGAGGUUUAUCACAUGGUGAAGACUGUGAUCGAAGAGCAGAGUGGACCCUACAUAUGGAUACAAUCAAGAGAAAGACUAUAAAAGAGAGGAGAGGAGCAGAGGAGAGGAGCCUAUAUAUGGACACCAUCUAGGGAAACACUAUAGAGGAGAUUAGAGGAGAGUUGAGGAGAUGAGAAGAGAGGAGAGGAGAGAUUAGGAGAGAAGAGAGAGAGUUGAGGAGAUUAGGAGAGAAGAGUUGAGAGGAGAGUUGAGUUGAGGAGAGAAGAGAAGAGGAAAAGAGAGAGGAGAAGAGAAGAGAGGAGAGGAGAGUUGAGGAGAUAAGAGGAAAAAAAGAGAGGAGGAGAGAAGAGAAGAGAAGAGAGGAGAGUUGAGGAAAAGAGAGAGGAGAGGAGAGUUGAGAUAAGAGGAAAAGAGAGGGGAGGGAAGAGAAGAAAGGAGAGUUGAGAUAAGAGGAAAAGAGAGAGGAGAGAAGAGAAGAGAGGAGAGUUGAGAUAAGAGGAAAAGAGAGAGGAGAGAAGAGAAGAGAGGAGAGUUGAGAUAAGAGGAAAAGAGAAGAGAAGAGAGUAGAGUUGAGAUAAGAGGAAAAGAGAGAGGAGAGGAGAGGAGAGAAGAGAGGAGAGUUGAGAUAAGAGGAAAAGAGAGAGGAGGAGAGAAGAGAAGAGAGAGAGAGGAGAGUUGAGAGAGAGGAGAAGAGAGGAGAGUUGAGAUAAGAGGAAAAGAGAGAGGAGAGAAGAGAAGAAAGGAGAGUUGAGAUAAGAGGAAAAGAGAGAGGAGGAGAGAAGAGAGGAGAGUUGAGAUAAGAGGAAAAUAGAGAGGAGAGAAGAGAAGAGAGUUGAGAUAAGAGGAAAAGAGAGAGGAGGAGAGAAGAGAAGAGAGUUGAGAUAAGAGGAAAAGAGAGAGGAGGAGAGAAGAGAAGAGAGUUGAGAUGAGAGGAGGAGAGAAGAGAAGAGAGUUGAGAUAAGAGGAAAAGAGAGAGGAGGAGAGAAGAGAAGAGAGUUGAGAUAAGAGGAAAAGAGAGAGGAGGAGAGAAGAGAGGAGAGUUGAGAUAAGAGGAAAAGAGAGAGGAGGAGAGAAGAGAAGAGAGUUGAGAUAAGAGGAAAAGAGAGAGGAGGAGAGAAGAGAAGAGAGUUGAGAUAAGAGGAAAAGAGAGAGGAGGAGAGAAGAGAGGAGAGGAGAUAAGAGGAAAGGAGAAGAUGGGUUGUACAAAGCCUCUGAGAUUAUCACCUUGACUACUGUUGCUUUGGAUACUGUCACCACAACUACUGUGGAUACCAUCUCACAGCAACCAGAAGGAGAGAGGGACAGAAGGAAAGAUGGAGAGACACUGUAAGGCUCACCACAGAACCAAAAGAGGGAGAGAAACAGACGCUUUCUCUCCGUCCCCUCUCUCCUCCCUCCAUAAUUUCUCUCUCUCUCCUCCGGGUUUGUAAAGAAUUGUUUUCUAACGGAACGGGACUCUGAAAGUGAAGAGAGACGAGGUGAAAGAGGAGACGAGACUGGAGUGACUGCAGCAGGAAGAGAAGUGGAGGCUGUCUGAACCAUGGAGGGAGAAAGACAUCACAAAAAAUAUAUGUAAAAAAAGAUUCACGUUUUCUAUAUUAUAUGGAGAGAAGUAUUAUACAGACUGGUAUCUCUGCAGGACUACAGGCAGGUAUCUCUGUAAUACUACAUUACAGACUGGUAUCUCUGUAAUACUACAUUACAGACUGGUAUCUCUGCAGUACUACAUUACAGACUGGUAUCUCUGUAGUACUACAUUACAGACUGGUAUCUCUGCAGUACUACAUUACAGACUGGUAUCUCUGUAGUACUACAUUACAGACUGGUAUCUCUGUAGUACUACAUUACAGACUGGUAUCUCUGUAGAACUACAUUACAGACUGGUAUCUAUGUAGUACUACAUUACAGACUGGUAUCUCUAUAGUACUACAUUACAGACUGGUAUCUCUGUAGUACUACAUUACAUACUGGUAUCUCUGUAGUACUACAUUAAAGACUGGUAUCUCUGCAGUACUAUUUACAGACUGGUAUCUCUGUAGUACUAUUUACAGACUGGUAUUUCUGCAGUACUUUUUACAGACUGGUAUGUCUGCAGUACUAUUUACAGACUGGUAUCUCUGCAGUACUUUUUACAGACUGGUAUCUCUGCAGUACUAUUUACAGACUGGUAUCUCUGCAGUACUAUUUACAGACUGGUAUCUCUGUAGUACUACAUAACAGGCUGGUAUCUCUGUAGUACUAUUUACAGACUGGUAUCUCUGCAGUACUAUUUACAGACUGGUAUCUCUGUAGUACUAUUUACAGACUGGUAUCUCUGCAGUACUAUUUACAGACUGGUAUCUCUGCAGUACUAUUUACAGACUGGUAUCUCUGCAGUACUAUUUACAGACUGGUAUCUCUGCAGUACUAUUUACAGACUGGUAUCUCUGUAGUACUAUUUACAGACUGGUAUCUCUGCAGUACUAUUUACAGACUGGUAUCUCUGCAGUACUAUUUACAGACUGGUAUCUCUGCAGUACUAUUUACAGACUGGUAUCUCUGCAGUACUAUUUACAGACUGGUAUCUCUGCAGUACUAUUUACAGACUGGUAUCUCUGCAGUACUACAUUACAGACUGGUAUCUCUACAGAACUACAUUACAGACUGGUAUCUCUGCAGUACUACAUUACAGACUGGUAUCUCUGCAGUACUACAUUACAGGCUGGUAUCUCUGCAGUACUAUUUACAGACUGAUAUCUCUGCAGUACUAUUUACAGACUGGUAUCUCUAUAGUACUACAUUACAGGCUGGUAUCUCUGCAGUACUACAUUACAGGCUGGUAUCUCUGCAGUACUACAUUACAGACUGGUAUCUCUGCAGUACUAUUUACAGACUGGUAUCUCUGCAGUACUAUUUACAGACUGGUAUCUCUGCAGUACUAUUUACAGACUGGUAUCUCUGCAGUACUAUUUACAGACUGGUAUCUCUGCAGUACUAUUUACAGACUGGUAUCUCUGCAGUACUACAUUACAGACUGGUAUCUCUGCAGUACUAUUUACAGACUGGUAUCUCUGCAGUACUAUUUACAGACUGGUAUCUCUGCAGUACUACAUUACAGACUGGUAUCUCUAUAGUACUAUUUACAGACUGGUAUCUCUGCAGUACUAUUUACAGGCUGGUAUCUCUGCAGUACUACAUUACAGACUGGUAUCUCUGCAGUACUACAUUACAGACUGGUAUCUCUGCAGUACUAUUUACAGACUGGUAUCUCUGCAGUACUACAUUACAGACUGGUAUCUCUGCAGUACUAUUUACAGACUGGUAUCUCUAUAGUACUACAUUACAGGCUGGUAUCUCUAUAGUACUACAUUACAGGCUGGUAUCUCUGUAGUACUACAUUACAGACUGGUAUCUCUGUAGUACUACAUUACAGACUGGUAUCUCUAUAAUACUACAUUACAGACUGGUAUCUCUGUAGUACUACAUUACAGACUGGUUUCUCUAUAGUACUACAUUACAGGCUGGUAUCUCUGUAGUACUACAUUACAGACUGGUAUCUCUGUAGUACUACAUUACAGACUGGUAUCUCUAUAAUACUACAUUACAGACUGGUAUCUCUGUAGUACUACAUUACAGACUGGUUUCUCUAUAGUACUACAUUACAGGCUGGUAUCUCUGUAGUACUACAUUACAGGCUGGUAUCUCUGUAGUACUACAUUACAGACUGGUAUCUCUGCAGUACUACAUUACAGACUGGUAUCUCUGCAGUACUAUUUACAGGCUGGUAUCUCUGCAGUACUACAUUACAGACUGGUAUCUCUGCAGUACUACAUUACAGACUGGUAUCUCUGCAGUACUAUUUACAGACUGGUAUCUCUGCAGUACUACAUUACAGACUGGUAUCUCUGCAGUACUAUUUACAGACUGGUAUCUCUGCAGUACUAUUUACAGACUGGUAUCUCUGUAGUACUACAUUACAGGCUGGUAUCUCUAUAGUACUACAUUACAGACUGGUAUCUCUACAGUACUAUUUACAGGCUGGUAUCUCUGCAUCCUAAAUGGCACCCUAUUCCCUAGGUAGUAGAGAGGUUACUACUAGGGAGUGAGAGGUUAGAGAGAGUGCUAGAGAGGUUUUACACUACUACACUGCAGAUUGGUAGGGAGUGCACUGCUUUUUCAAACUGCAGACGAGUGUCAGUAUAUCAGACUAUUUGAGACAGACUAGUACAUUUAUAUUUCUAUCAAACUAGAAAUUACACUCAUAGACCUUUUGUGAUACAACGUGUGUAGUGUGUGUGUGUGUGUGUGUGUGUGUGUGUGUGUGUGUGUGUGUGUGUGUGUGUGUGUGUGUGUGUGUGUGUGUGUGUGUGUGUGUGUGUGUGUGUGUGUGUGUGUGUGUGUGUGUGUGUGU